AAAUGCAACAUUCCAACCUGUUUUUUUAUUCAUUCAAUUCAUCUCAACCUCUUCUCUUCCUUCUUUUUUCCUUCUCAUCUUCUUUGUUGUCUAUUCCUCUUUCCCAGAAGUUUGGGUAACCACCACAUAUCUCAAAGCUUCAACCUAUGGCUUCGUAUGAAAACCAAGGAAAGCCUCUACCCAAGUUCGGGGAAUGGGAUGUGAAUGAUCCUGCCUCAGCUGAAGGAUUCACUGUUAUAUUCAACAAGGCCAGAGAUGAGAAAAAAACUGGUGGAGGAGGAUCCCAGCGCAUUACGUCGCAACGAAGAUCCGAUUCGCGCAAGGAUGAUGAUAAAUCUUCCAAGAAAAAGUGGUUUUGCUUUAAACCUUAAACAAGGAUGAUGUCUGUUAUGCUGCUUGGGACGGAUAACAUGAUUCUCUUCAGUUUUCUUCAGAGGCCACAUUUGUUGCCAGAUCACUGAUUAGAGAUGAUGAAAAGAAUGAAAAUAGUUGCAGCCUGCUGGAAUCCCUGGUUUAACUUCUAGUUGUUUCCUUGUUUUCUACCCUUCGCCACCUAAUUCAUACAUUUAAUUAAUGGAUUUAGCUACUUGUACGCACCAGCCCCAAAAGCAAAUAUGUAAAUAGGUGUAUCAAUGACUAUUUUAUUAUGCAAUUACAGAGAGGAGAUAAAUGAGUUUUUAUUAUAUUCAUGAAUCAUGAUGUUGAUGCGCUCAA